AUGGGGCUUUGCCAAUCGACUGAAGACAAGGAGAUGGCUGUCAAAAGCCGUGCAAUCGACAAGGAAAUGAUGCAGGGACAUCUCGCUCAGCAGAAAGUCGUCAAACUUCUCCUUCUAGGUAAAAACGUCCAAUUUUAUUUUGAAAGCAUCUAGUUACAAUCGAAACAACAGAAAAUAGAGAAGCAAAGCUGAAUUAAGCAAAUAAAAUCAUUGGGAAGAUUGAUCAACUCUGAGAAAAAAAAAGCGAAAAAACUUGUUCGCCACCAUUCGAAACUGUCUGACAUGCCUGCGUUUUCUCUCUUUCACGAGCUUCUACACAACGCAAACGGAGCAAAACUCUCAGACUUCAGAGUUAUGGUUAUUGGAAUUCAACAACGAAACUAACAGAAUUAUUAAACAUUUUUCAGGUGCCGGUGAAUGCGGAAAAAGUACAGUGCUGAAACAGAUGAGGUGAGAAACGUAUUCUUCUUAGCAAUAAGGCUAUUUUUCAAAUAUUUGUAGAAGAAAAAGAAACAUAUAUAAUUUGCUCUACUUUACUUCUCAAUACUCGAGCCUGUAGCGGCGGCAAAACGCUGAGCGCGAAGUAAAACUGCGGCUGAUUGGGAAAAGUCGGCUACGCCGCAAACUUAAAAGCCUUCUGAAUGAAUAGUUCGCUUUUUAACUGGUUUCAGUGCUUAGCUGGGGUUUGGUUUGAUACAUAAAAAUCCUAGUUUAAUUCAACUACGAAAAAAUGACGAAAGUGUUUGAGGAUUCUUCACGACCACGGAUUUUCAACGGAAGAGGCCGACCAGCAACGCAGCGUCGUCUACAACAACACGAUACAGGCGAUGGCCACGAUUCUUCGCGCGAUGAACAACCUCAGCAUUCCUUUCCACAACCCCGCCAGAGACGUCUGUUUCUUUAUAUCCGGCAAGUAAAGCUGGCUGGUUCAGAAUGAGGCACGAAUAGUUCUUGACGUCGUGAAGGCCGGAAGGGAGUCUGAAGCUUUCUCUCCUGACCUCACGAAAGUCGGUUAUUAGGUUGAAACUUUCAGUCAAAAGUGUUCAGGCCCUGAAACUUCUUUGGGAAGACCCUGGCGUGAACCAUGACGCGAUCGGAAGAGGAAACGAGUACCAACUGCCGGAAAGCGCGCCACAGUAGGCCAACUUCCAGGGAUUGAAAAAUCUUCGUUUUUUUUUCUAGUUUUCUCUCUUCCGUAGAUCGGAUAGCUGCGCCUGAUUACAAUCCAACGGAGCAGGACAUAUUGUUGUCAAGGAUAAAGACAACCGGUAUCGUUGAAGUCAAGUUCCAGAUGAAAAACGUCGACUUCCGGUUAGUUUAAGAGAAAUUCGGAACGUUUAAAUAUAUGGAAACUGUAUUCAGAGUGUUCGACGUUGGAGGCCAAAGAUCCGAAAGGAAAAAAGUUAGUGUUUUUUCCAGAAAAAUAUUAAUUGUUCCAUGUUGCAGUGGAUUCACUGCUUCGAAGACGUCAACGCUAUAAUCUUCAUCGCCGCCAUUUCUGAGUACGAUCAAGUUCUUUUCGAAGACGAGACCACGGUAAAAGUGCUCCUAUUCUGGAUUCCAGACCUGUUUACAGAACCGAAUGAUCGAGUCGAUGCGGCUUUUCGAGUCGAUUUGCAACUCUCGAUGGUUCAUCAACACCUCCAUGAUUCUUUUUCUUAACAAGAAAGAUCUUUUCGCCGAAAAAAUCAAGAGAACGUCAAUCAAGACCGCUUUUCCCGAGUAUAAAGGUAUGGUAGCUUCCAAUCGGUUCGAAAGUCAGAGAGUACUUUUUUCGAAAGUAUUUUAUCCUUUCCUCCGCUACGUGAUAGAAAUAUCUCGUGUUUGUGUUAAAAGAUGAAUAGCCUCUAAUUAACUCCAAAGAAUUGCGUCACCAUGGGUGACCAUAAUAACCAAAUGAUUUUCCAUAGCGACGGCACUGGAAUCUUUGUGAGUUAGAAAACGAGCAAGUGAAGUUUUAACUUUUUGUUUUAUCAGAAACAUUUCAAUUCACUUAAAUAUUCCUAGCUCACACGCGUGAUCUCUACCGAGUUUUUCUGAAUAUUUUGACAGAACUCAACGCGAAAUUUUGGAAAAAAAAACCCGUUGCAAUGAGAAUAACUCAAUAUUCCUAGAUUGAACUGUCCAAGAUAAAAAUGACUCUUCAGACAGAAAUGGAAGUGUUGUAGGUGCGCAGACCUACGAAGACUCGACGCAGUACAUCGAGGAGAAGUUCGAGGGCCUCAACGCCAAUCCGGAGAAGACUAUUUACAUGCACCAGACGUGCGCCACCGACACCAACCAAGUGCAGAUGAUCCUGGACUCUGUCAUCGACAUGAUCAUCCAGGCCAACCUCCAGGGCUGCGGCCUCUACUAA